UGCAGGACAACCCCGCUGCCGACACCGUCCUGCUGGGGAUGGAUUGGAGCGGAUUUCCUUCCUCUUCCCUCUGGCACCGAGGCGAAUCCCAUCCUCUCCUUGUAAUUCCUGCCCCAGAAAAUGAGCUGAGGUUGGAGAGCAGGGAGUAUACAUACCCCCUGCAGAACCUCUUGGAGGAGGCUGUUUUCAGUGUCUCCACAGCACAGGAAUCCAACGAGGAGGAAAAGUCAGAGAGUUUCCACACAAGGAGGGGCAGCAUACCAAACCCAGGGUUCUCUGAGGGGGAAAGACCCACCCUGUGCCAGGAAGGUACCCAGAGCUUCAGCUGGGACUUAGAGCUGGGGGUCCUUGAGGAGCUUGAUGGCAGGGAGAAACCCUACAAGUGCUUGGAGUGUGGGAAGAGCUUCGGGUGGCGCUCCACCCUGAUUCAUCAUCAGCGGACCCACACUGGGGAACGGCCCUACGAGUGUGGGGAAUGUGGGACGAAGUUUUCACAGAGCUCCCAACUCCUCAGCCAUCAACAAAUUCACAGGGAGGAGAGGCCCUUCCUCUGCCCUGACUGUGGGAAGGGCUUCAAGCACUACAUCACCCUUGUCAGGCACCAGCGCAUCCACACUGGAGAAAGGCCCUACAAGUGUGGGGAAUGUGAUAAGAGCUUCAGCUCGAGCUCCCACCUCAUCCGCCACCAGCGCAUCCACACCGAAGAGAGGCCCUACUUGUGUUCUCAGUGUGGGAGGAGGUUUCCGACCAGCUCAGAUCUCCUCAGGCACCAGCAGAGUCACAGGGAUGAGAGGCCCUUCCGCUGCCCUGAAUGCGGGAAGAGCUUCAAGUACAAGUUUCACCUCAUCAGGCACCGGUGCAUCCACACUGGGGAGAGGCCCUACAAGUGUCUCCAGUGUGGGAAGAGCUUCUCAGACAGCUCUACCUUGGCCCGACACCAAUGGAGGCACCGGUAA